UGGUACAAAUUCAAGCCCAGUAGCCCACAAACAUGUGUACCGUUUCCUUUUAUUUAAAUCCUGCAGCAAUGGAUAACUAACCUGCUUUGCUUAGAGGUAGGUUCAUAGGGGCAAAAAAAAAAAAUGUCAUCAGCUGCUGUAGGAACUUUCUCGGCAUCCAAACAGAUUGGAUUCAACAAAAACGAAAACAAAGCUGGCGAAGAAGAAGAGUUAAGAGAUGAGAAAAACAAGAAAUUCAUUGAUGAUAAUGAUGAGGAAGCUAUCAACAAUGGUGAUGAACCCCAUGAUGAUCAACAUGAUGAAGAAGAAGAAGAUGAUGAUGAUGCCAAGUUGAAAUCCGAGAAAGAAUUGGAUCUUGGUCCUCAAAUUUCCCUCAAAGAACAGCUUGAAAAAGACAAGGAUGAUGAAAGUUUAAGGAGAUGGAAAGAACAACUUCUUGGUACUGUUGAUAUGUCUGCGGUCGGAGAGAGUAAAGAGCCUGAAGUUAAGAUAUUAAGCCUCUCGAUCGUAUCCCCUGGUAGACCGGACAUAAUUUUACCAAUCCCAUUUGUUACAAAGCCUAAAACUUGUUUGUUUACUCUAAAAGAAGGAAGUCGAUUUCGUCUCAAAUUCACUUUCAAUGUCUCCAACAAUAUUGUCUCCGGUCUUAAAUACGUAAACACUGUUUGGAAAACAGGUAUUCGAGUGGACAACACAAAGCUAAUGUUGGGGACAUUUAGUCCACAAAAGGAACCUUAUACAUUUGAAUUGGAAGAAGAAACUACACCUUCAGGCUUGUUUGCUAGAGGCUCAUAUGCUGUAAGGACCAAGUUUGUAGAUGAUGAUGACAAAGUCUAUUUGGAUGUGAGUUAUCACUUUGAAAUCCAGAAGAACUGGGGUUCACGUCCUUGAAGGAAAAUUAAAGGGAAAAAAAGGCAAUUAAUCCACUUUUUUAUUUUAUUUGUGCUUGAUUGUUGGGUUUUUUUUCUUCCAAAAAUCUCUUGUAGAUUCUGUUUUAUAUUAUUAUUUUCUAUCUGAUUGUCUAUCUGUCUACAUGUCAUGGCUUCCACAUUCCCUUUACUGAGGUGGCAAAAUAGUACAUUAAAAAAUGGUAAAUUUUGCUCUCAGUCCAUGUGCUAUGUACACAUUUGAAAUCUAAUCCACUUAAUUUUAAUUUCAAGAA